AUGCAUUUUAUUACUGACGAAGCUAUUAAUAUAUGGUCCAUAGAGAUUCCAGACAAUGUUUUACCAUUAUCUGGCACCAUGAAAGUCCACCAGGUGUUCACUGAAGAGAAAGGAGUUCUCAAAUAUAGAGACUUGAGCUGUUUCUGCAGGCGCGGCUUUUGUUCUUGCAUGGAUCCCAAAGAAUACCGUCCACUAAAACCCGUGGAUGAAAAAUCGAGCUCUGAUGAAUGUGAACCAGAUUUUAUGAAAGAAAUAGGCAACUUAGUCCAUCCACAAAGAAACCCAUUCUAUAACACUGUCUACAGUUCUGACACUGAUGAUAUCCCUUUAUUAACAGUGAAGGACAACUUUUCACUUGAACAACCCAGUACAUCAGUGUGUGCGUGUUAG